GGAUUUUCCAACGAUUGAGGUUAUAUGUAUGUACAGGUAUUAAAGAGGGGUUAUAAGUGGAUUUGGGUUGUGUGGUAAUUGAUAUAGGGCAAUAAGAGGGAUUUUGAAUGUUAAGGGGUCUUUGAGGGGAUUAAGGAGGGAUUUGAGGGGAUAAAAAGAAAUUAAUGAUAUUAUUAGUGAUUUUUUAAUUUUUUCUCCUUAAUAAGAAUUUUUGAAUUUUUCAAAAAUUAAUUUUUAAAUAUUUUUAGAGUCACAAACAAAAAAGAUUUUUUCAAAAAAAUAUUUUCUUCUUCAAUUAAAAUGCAAUUAAAAAUCCUCUCCCCUUCUAUAUAUCACCAAUUAGUCCCAAAUAACUAGACCAAUUUGGCAUCAAUGGCAUAUUAAUAAUGAAGACAAAAAUAAUAAAGAAAAUUUGGAAGAAAAUAAUGAGAAUUUUAAUAUUAAUAAACGUUCUUCGACUGCUAGAAGACCAAUUUGUCCAAAAUUGGUUAAAUGAAUUGUCUGAACAUUAUAAACAAAAAUGGGGAUUUGAUUUUGAUGAAUGUAAACCUUUGGAAAAAAGUCGUUUUGAAUUUGAACGGGUACCUGCCGAUCAAGUACCGGGAUUUUAUAGAACAACAAAAACAUUAAAAUAUAAAAAUAACGAGGGGAAAGAAUUUUUUAGAAGCAAAAACAAAACAGAAUUAAAUAAUUGUUGUUCUCAAAAUAAUUCUGGCGAAUUAACAACAACAUGUUUAGCCAACUCCCCAAUUCGUUCAUCUCUCCGGAAACCUCCAUUUCAUCUCAAUUCUGUCCGAACACCUACUAGACGCCGACUUUCUCUAAAUAUUUCCAAUAACAACAAUUCUUGUUCUUCUAGUGAAAAACAAACAAAAAUAACUGAUUUUGUGAGUGUUCGAAAAUCUUUUUCUCCUCCAGAUUCUCUUAAAUUUGGAAAAAUGGGAGAAGAAAAUGACAAACAAAAUGGAAAAUUAUUAGAAUCUCCCAAAAAAAUCGUCAAAAUUGCUUUGAAUGAGGGUAUUGCGACUCGUCGAAGCUUGUGA